GAGAGUGCACAGAGCUGUCCGCCAUCUUGUCAGCCCGUGUUCUCUCAGCCCGACUGCACCGAAAAAUUACAAAUUUAAUCGUUAAACGCGUUGAAUGCCCAAUUAAAACACCAGAAAGUACUGCAGUACACAUUUGCCCAAAGCCAGGAUAUCGUCUUGAGUACGCAGCGCCAAGUUGAAGGGGUGAAAAUUGCAUUUGAAAGUGGAAUUGUUGGUGCGAAGAAAAUUUUUCUGCAGCAAAAAAUUCCCAGGUCAAGUAACCACACACAGAUAGCACCGCAACAACAGCAAGAGAGCAACAAAGGCAGCUGACCGAGAAGAGCCGAGGAAGCAAAGGAAACAAAAGCGGCAACGGCACGGCUCCACAUUGGACAUGUCAUGUCAGCAAGCCUCCAGAUUCCAUUCAGCCACCGCCACAGCCACAUUAGCCAAGAGCACAGCCACCCGGAGGAUAGCCACAGCCGCAGCCGCCGCCGCCGCCGCAGCAGCAGCAGCCACUGCAGCAGCAACUGCAACUGCAACAGCGACUGCCACAGCGAUAACCGCAGCAACAGCAGCAGCAGCAACGCUGACGCCAGUGGAGAGCAUCGCCGGCAAGACGACGUCCGAGGACGCGGAUCCCUAUGCCUUCACAGAGACUGUGGCCGUCACUCCGCCCAUUUUAUUCAAUGCACAGAAAUCGAGAGCCCGCCUAAGCGACAGCAAUAGAGGCAGCAACAAGAGGCAGACGGCAGCAACAGCUGCGGCCAGCAGGAAGGCGAGUCUGGUGGCACAACUGAAUGCCACAGCAGCGGCAAAGGCGCAGGCGUCUUUGGCGAAUACCACAACGAAUUUCCAUCAUGUCACGCAAUCUCAGAGACAGUCGCCGGCGUUGCAGUUGCAGCUGCCAUUGCCGCUGCAAUCACAGUCGCACUCGCAGUCGCAGGCCUCGCCGAAGCGGGCCACCAACGUGUGCGUAGUCCGGCCGCAGCAGCAGCAGCUGGAGAAGAUAGCCACUUCGGAGUCCUGCCAGCCGCCGGCAGCACCGCCUCCGCUCUACGCCCACACUCCAUCGCUGUGGCAGACGCCACUGCUGCUCGACAACGGGCAAAAGCAACCGCAACAGCAGCAGCAGCAAACGCAGAAGAAGCAUGUCCAGCACCAGCAGCAGCAUCUCCUGCAACAUCUCCCGCAGCAUCAGCAACAGAUCCUCCUGCAGCAACACCAACAGCUGCUUCAGCAGCAACAACAGCAGCAACAGCAACAGCAGCAGCAGCAGCAAUCCGCUGCCAUUGCGUUGGUCAGCCCGCCCACAUCGCCCGCCUCACUACCUUCGCCCACUCUGCCGCCAGCCACCGCUGCAGUGACCGCCAUGGUGGCGCCGAUCUCCGUAUCGCCCAAGGGUGGUUUACCCCUGCCGCCAUCGAAAUUCCAUCACACCACACUGGCGCAACACCUGCAGAAGGUGGAGUGCUUGAAGAAGAAGAAGUCCUUGCCACUGUCCUGCCAAAACAACAACAAUAACAGCCAGCUAAAGAACAACAACAAUGUCGGGGAGUCGCCAAACAAGCCGGUGGUGCAGGGAACGAACUACAAUCAGACCCAGCCGCCACCGUUGAUGGUUUUUAACACGGGAACAGUAGCAGCUCCCGCGCCAGCACCACAGGUCGCUGCUCCACAGAAACAUUCCACCGGCAACAGCGUGGAGGACAGCGAUCUCAACGAGAUACCCGUCAAUGUUAUCUUCCGAAAGCCUCCAGCCGCGGGCGGACCAGCAGUAGGAGGUUCAGGAGCAACUGGCCAGGGAGCGCUGCAAUCCCGACCAGCGGGAGUGAAACUGGUGACUCCCCUAACGCCGCCCACUCCGCCGGAGAUAAGCGCACCGCCUUUGCUAGCGCAAAUGCAACCGCAGAUGCCCACAUCUUGUGUUCCAGCUUUAGCUCCCAGCUUCAAAGUGAUGCCACCAGCAGUUCUCAGCCCCAAGCUGGUCCCACCGGCUCCUGUUCCGGCAGCACCUGCUUCAACGAACUCCCAGCAGGUUGCAGCCACAGCUGUUCCAGCCAACCCAACCUCAUCAGCACCCGCAUUAGCCAAGAAAACUGAACAAAUGUCUUCCAAAGUGGCCAAUUUAAGCACCGCCAACCGUCAAGCACCAAUUGCUUCGAAAGGCGGCAGAAAAGGCAUCACUAAUACUAGCAACAAUAGAAACAGCCAGGUCGUGGCAAAGAAACCGCAGCUAACUUUGAUGCCGCCUCCCCAGGAGCCGAUUGCAGCAUCACCAAGCAAGUCCACUGAUACGGCUCAUCGCCAGCGACGCCGCAAGCCCGCCUCCAAACGCAAUGCGGCCACUCCAAGUGAGAACGAAACCUUUUUGGCCGACUCGCCCUAUUGCCUGCAACAGCACUGGCUGCAUUCUGCAAUCAAGGAUCACUCCCGCGACUCGCCGCUGUCGCAGAGCAACCGACGUGAGGAGCGGAUUGCGGUCCGCAAGGGAGUCCUGAGGCGCCAGGCGCUGCAGCUGCUGUCCACCAGGUCGUUGCAGGAGCUACCCAUGCGAGCGGCCAGACAGCGGUUGCAGUGCGUCCAGAACAUGCUGAUCAAGUACCAGGAUCACGCCGGCCAGCAGCAGGGAAUUGGAAUUGGCAACCGCUGCCUGGAGGCCAACUGCAAGCAGCCCACGUUGAGCAUGGCGGCACACUGCGAGCGCCACAUUGUGAGCAACAGCACCCAGCAGCUUUUCCAGCCCUGCGUGGCCUGGCGAAUGGAUGGCACGGCCUGUCAGGCUCCCGUCUUCGAUGUGCUGCACACGUUGGCCCUUUGCAAGGUGCACAGUCACCUGCGUUCCGGAAUGGAUGGAAGCCGUCCAGCACCGAAGCAGGUGCCCGUAAACAUACCCGUCGCCGAUCUGGCCGCUCUGAGUGUGCCUGUGAAGCAGCAGCGUAAGCGCAAGGCAAACACAAAUGCUGUGGCACGUCCGCAGAAGCGUGGCAGGAAGCCGGCGAACGAACCAAUGGUUAACCACAUCGUCCGGCACAUUAACACACUGCCGCUGGUUCCAUCGGCUGGUAUGCAGCGCAAGAGCAGCACCACCUCGCUGGAGUCCAUUGCCAGCAACUCGCACUCGUCGGCCACCUCGCACUCCCAGCCGCCAUACACGCCCGCAAGUGUGUCGGCUGCGCUUCCUGCAGCCCAGAACGUGUCCCAGCUGUCCAUUCCUCCAGCGCUGGCUCCACUCAGCGGGGAUUUCCAGCCUAAGCAGCAGCAGCAACAGCAGGAAACGCUCUUGGUGCCCAAAUUGGAGGUGGAUUCGCUGUUCAAGUUCGAGGCCGAUCAACAGCAGCAGACAAACUUGGGCCCAGGCCUACUUUCGCUGGACAAUGCCAAUAUCAAGGCCGAGGAGAUUAGCCAAAUUGUGGCCCAAUUGGCAGCGGCCGGUGGUGAUUUGCCCCAUCAGAACAACAAUAACAACAAUAGCAACCAUAAUAACAAUAGUGUGCACUUCAACAACAACAAUAAUUUGAACUAUAGCAACAAUAACAAUAACCAGCACAGUUUUCCGUCGUUCAACACGGCCUUUGGCAAUGCCAUGGGCCAGCCAACCAACUCAAUCACGCACAAUGGCCAUGCGGCACCCACUGUCCUGGCCAACACGGCAGAUCUGCUGGGCCAGGAUAUGUUCGGCAUUUGCGAGAACAGCUCGGCGUACGCCAGUUCGGAAGACACUGGCCUGGGCGGACUCAGUGAGUCGGAGCUGAUAGGCGCUAACGAUGCUGAUGACAUAGCAUUGAAUGGCGCCCACUUGCUGGAGGAGCACGAUCUGGUCAAUGUGUUCGACACGCUGCCGGACGAUGCCUUCAACGAGCUGUUCCAAUCCGUGCAUCAAGCCGAGUGCGAGGCCAUGGAUCGGGCCUUGGAGAUCGCCGAUAAGAACCUCAAGUGUCUGCAGCAGACGAUCGGCGGCUCGGCGGACAGCGCCUUUCUUAACGAUUUCCUGGACGUUAGCGACGACCUGCUGGCCGAUGCUGUGAUGCACUCGCCGAACACAUCCGGCAUCGAUGCCGCCACCCUGUUCGUGGACAGCAGCAGCGGCGGCGGCAACAGCAGCAGCAACGGCGCCUCCGACAUCCGGGGCCUGGUGCAGACCUAAUUCCGGCAUCAGGUCGGAUUUGGGCAACGUUCAGAGUUCACUGAGAAAGAGAUUUUCCAAACUAAAUGUUUCCCCUUCACUUUCGGGCAGCUUUCGCUAAGAGUAUUUCGGUAUUUUCUUCUUUUGGCAAUUUCCUAACUGCAAUUCUGUUUCGGCACACUCUUCUAUAUGCUGCUUAAAAGUUAUAUGCAUAAUUAAAAAACAUUUAAGAAAAUCAUAUAGUUAUGCGUUUUUGUGAAAAACCCAAAACGAAAAAAAAUUACAAAAAUUAAAAAAUCUUUGAAAAAAUGUCCAAAAAUA